CGUAAGUGACGAGCAUUUUGGAUUUCCUGCACAGAUGCCGACGUAUGCACCGAGCGAGGAGAUGUCGGUUGUUGAGAGCAGCUCAACCUUUCAACCAGGUCACCAUGCCGUCGACCCCAUGGGCAUGCUGCCGACUCGUCGCAAUCUCCUCCAAGAGCGAGAGUCCAGUGCCUGGUGGUGGCGAUUUUACUUGGGUGCCCCUGGCACCUUGGUUGGCGCUGGCUUCGGGUUGCUCCUGGCGUACAUACUCACGACAGAAGACAUCAAGAUCGCCCUCAAGACGUGCGAUGCAUCGUUCGAUCGGUUGUGCCAGAGAUCCAUCAGCCGGCUUGGGAUCUUGUACCUGCGAGCGCUGACGUGCGUUGUGUUUCCUCAAGCGUUUGUGAAUGUCGUGCUGGUGGCGGCCGAGAUCUCGGGAUCAUCGUCCAGACGUGUGGGCCGGGCAGGGUGGCGCGUUGUCGCGUUUUCAUUGUGCACGACGUUGCUUGUCGUCGGCCAAGGAUUUGCAUUUGGAAUGCUCUUUCUCGAUCGUUUUCAAGGAUCGACGUACACGUUCCGUCAACCGACGGUGCUCCUCAGGUGCCCCACCGCUGCCACCACAUUCUUGCAAAUGAACGCCACGACGAGAGAGCUGAACUGCGCACCGUUCAACGGGACCAUCGAAAGCAAGAUUGCAUAUCUCCUCUCGGACCUGGACCACGUGUUCGAGAUCGAUCCGAAAGUAAACCGCUUCCGCCAACUCGAAACGUCCUUGCCCGAGGUCAUCGAAGUGCUCUUCAAAUCUCAAACGCCGUUCACUGACGCCAUCAACAUCAACUUGGUUCAUCUUGUCCUUGGGGCGGCGUCCCUCGGCCUUGCCGUCGGCUCGUUGUCCCGGACGACAGAAAACACCUUGCUCCUGGCCUGCAUCCGCGAACUCGCCCAAAUCUUGAAGAUCAUGACGAGUUGGGUCGUUUCUGGGCUCCCCAUCGCCUUGAUGUCGCUCAUUGCUACCCCCAUCUCGAUGGCAACACACAACGUCUUUGUUGCGUCGGCGUCGAACGAUCUCGUGCGGCUCGUGUGGUACCUCGUCUGCUUUGGCAUUGUGUCUGCAAUCCAUGCACUGGUGGUCCUGCCGCUGAUCUUAAUCGUGUGGACGCGAGGGCAAGUGAACCCUUGGCGGUAUCUGCUUCAAGUCAAGGGGGCGUUGUUGUACAACGCGGGGACGUCGUCGACUCGAGCGGGGCACACGGUCCUCGCCAGUAGUAUCGACCGUACCAUGGGCUUCUCUCCGUCCUUGACGUCCCGAUUUGCCUUGGACGUUGGAAUCUCAUGCAACAAGGGCGGUGGCGGGCUGUACAUUUGUCUCUCGACGCUGUGGAUAUUCUCGAACGCGGGGUUGCUACCGUACUUGACACCGUCGAAGCUGGUACUCAUCGUUGUGCUGUCAACGCUCGGGUCGUAUGCCGUCGUCCCCGUGCGAAAUGGAGGGGUGGCCAUCGUCAUGUGCGCGUUUGCCAUGCUCUCGGGGCUGUCAAAUCCCUACGCGAUGAACUUUCUCUUGCUCGCCGAGUGUAUCCUCGACCCGCUGUGCACUGCCCUGAACGCGUGGAGCAAUGCCGUCGCCACCCGAAUCGUCGUGUUCCUCAAGCGAGACUAGACAUCCUGUCGUGCCGUAACUUAUUCUGCUGGUGAGCCACACCCUGCCAUUUCUCGAGGCGGACUCUCGGCCGCCGCACCCCUCCAAAAUGCGCGACUGACAUGCAUUUUAAAUCUGCCAAAAG